AUGACGUCCAAUCAAGAGCAAACCAACUUCUGCAACCAAGGCUGUUUAGGGUUUAGGGGUUGGGACGAUGAAAUCAACCCCAAACCCUAUCUUAAAAAUAACAACCUCAAAUUUGUUGGAAUUCGGGGUGGGAGCAUUGAAAUUGAAGCUAAGGGCGAUCAUGAGUUGAGGGGAUAUUCCAACUCCAAUUUCAACAACAGAUUUGAUGUGGACGAAUCGCGCAUCGCUAAAAUCCAAGCUAAGAUCUCUGUAGAGGACUUUGACUACUUGAAGGGAUUUGCCAACUCCAACAAAAAAAUUGAUGAGAACGACCCUCGCCUUGUUAAAAUCAGGGCUAAGAUCUCGGAGGAGGACGUUGACUACUUGAGGGGACUUGCAAACAAAAGAUUUGGUGUGAACAACACGGGCCUCGCUAAAAUAAGAGCUAACAUCUCGGAGGAGAACGUUGUGGGAUUUGCCAACUCCAACUCCAAUAUAAGAUUUGGUGCUGACCCUAACAAUGCCCGAUAUUUCGACUCCAACUCCAACAUAAGAUUUGGUGCUAACCCUAACAAUGCCCGAUUUUUCGACAACAAUGUCGGUACUAUCUCUAUGUGUGUAAUCUUGUAA